AUGUGUUCUUUAAGAAAUGGAACAGAGUGUGAAAGAAACAGAGAAGAAGAUGAAGAAGAGCCAAUAUUGAAGGAACAAAACCAGAGGUUUUGCAUGUUUCCAAUAAGAUAUAAAGAACUUUGGGAGAUGUAUAAGAAGGCUGAGGCCAGUUUUUGGACAGCUGAGGAGGUUGAUCUCUCCCAGGACAUGCAGCAUUGGGAAGCAUUGUCUGAUUCAGAGAAACACUUCAUAAGCCAUGUGCUGGCAUUUUUUGCUGCAUCUGAUGGGAUUGUUUUAGAAAACUUGGCUGCAAGAUUUCUAAAUGAUGUUCAAAUUCCAGAGGCCCGGGCAUUCUAUGGAUUUCAAAUCGCUAUGGAGAACGUUCAUUCUGAGAUGUAUAGUUUGCUUUUGGAGACAUACAUCAAGGACUCAAGGGAGAAGCAUAGGUUGUUCAAUGCUAUUGAAAACAUUCCCUGUGUGGCUAAAAAGGCCAAGUGGGCAUUGGAUUGGAUCCAGAGGGGAAAAUCAUUUACUGGAAACAUGUAUGUUUUUGUUGUUUACAGUUUGUUGCAGAAGCAACUUCAUUGGCAAAAAGUUCAUCAUAUUGUUGGUGAAGCAGUGGAAAUUGAGACCAAAUUUGUCUGUGAGGCCCUUCCAUGUGCAUUGAUUGGCAUGAAUGCAGCACUCAUGAGCGAGUACAUAAAGUUUGUUGCUGACCGUCUUUUGGUUGCCUUAGGUUAUCAGAAGAAGUACAACGUUGAAAAUCCCUUUGAUUGGAUGGAAUUCAUAUCCUUGCAAGGGAAAGCAAAUUUUUUUGAGAGGAGGGUAGGAGACUAUCAGAAGGCAUCUGUUAUGUCAAGCCUGCAAGAUGGUGGGAAAAACUACAUUUUCAAGAUGGACGAGGACUUCUAG